AAGUGAUAUUACUGAUCCAUUUCAUACACUUUUUUUUCUCUGAGCAUCAAAGUCAUUAUUUAUGGCUAGCUAUGCAUUGAUUAAGCUUGCUGUGUUUGUGGCCUUGUGCAUGGUGGUGAGUGUACCCAUAGCCUAUGCCAUAACAUGUGACCAAGUGUCCCGCAACCUCGUUCCAUGCCUAGACUACUUGAGGAAUUGCGGAGCUGUCCCUAAACCUUGUUGCAGAGGAAUUAGCAACCUCAAUGACUUGGGAAGAACCACCGCUGAGCGCCGGACCAUUUGCAAUUGUCUGAAACAUAAUGCUUCUAGCUUGACCGGAGUUAAUCCAACCAUGGCAGAAGAGCUUCCCGCCAAGUGUGGAGUCAAUGUUCCUUACAAGAUUAGACCCAACCCCAACUGCACUAACGUGGAGUGAGCUCGAUGGGAGAUUAAUUUUUCGGCCCCAAAUAAUAUGAGAAUGAAAACAAAGUGCGAUUCCUCAUCGUCCCUAGUACUUGUAGAAAAAUAUAUUUGGCUUGAAUGAAUAUUUUAUUAAUAACAUAGAUACACGAGUUUUCCUUGUACAAUAAGGAAUCCUACAAUCUAGGAAUUCCAUCUAAGGGAAGGAUUGGAUAUAUGAAUCAAUUACAAAUUCUUUCCUAUCUAAA